CAUAUUUCGAUCCUCUCAAUUGCAUACUUAGGCAACAACAAACCAACGCAACACUCUUGCCGCAACGCAAUCAUGAUACUCCGCCAGACGGCACUCCGCUCUGCUCGAAGAGGAGUAGCAGCGGCCUCGAUGCCGGCCGGCUCGGCUGGGCUGUGGAACCUCGCGGAGUUCUUGGGCCUGCCACAGAAGGGCCCGGCUGAGGUGGAAGUGGUCGCCAUCGACCCCCGCACGGUGCUGCAGCCCGACUUGUUGCAGUCCGCCCCGCUGGAGUCCUGCGCCGCCUCCAUCAGGGUGCCCCGGGAGCUGCUGCCCAAGCUGUCCAAGGGUGACUCGGAGCUGGCAGACAUGGAUGAGCCCGGCAACGCCUGGUACUUUGGCGAGCGGUCCGAGAUCUUCGACUACCGACUGGUGGGGGAGAUCCCCACCAAGUCAGGCUACGCUGCCUUCAUCCCCCGCGAUGCGCUGGAGGCAUUGCGGCGGGGCGACCCGCAGCAGCUGCGCCGGCUGCUGCGCUGGGAGGACUUCCUGCAGCUGGUGAGCGACGAGGUGGUCUGGCCGCACCGCAAGACGCCCUUCCUCUUCGCAG